CUUUCCUAAAAACAAAAAUCAAAGGCAACAAUCAAUAAUUCUAUCUUUAGCUCUUCAUUUUUCCCGUCAAAAUAUUUCUGCAAUUUUUUCUUCAGGUUUGGUACAACAAAUUCCAAUCUUCUUAUCCAAAAUUCAGUUCAAUUUCGUUGUUAAUUUACCAGAAAUUAGUGUAAAUGAGAAACGGUAAGGGUGGAACGAUGGUUAUGGAGCAAACCAACCUCCAAAACCAACCAAAGCUGCGCACUCUCUUCAAACAAUCUGAACCUUCUUUGUCUUCUAUAAGCAACAACGUCGACGAGGGUGUCGAAGAUGAGUUCCCUAAUCGUAAAAGCAGUUCCUCUUUGGGAAGCCCGAGGUAUUCCAGCAGCACGACAGCAAGCAGUGAGGGUUCUCCUUACAUCAUGUCACCAUGGAACCAGGCUUCUCCUUUCAACAAAUCUCCAUGGAUUACGCCAUCUCCACUCGAAACUGAUUUUGGCCAAAACGGGCUUAUUUGGUCCAUUGUACGAGAAGAAGGUAAUAUUUAUUCGUUAGCUGCUUCUGGAGAUUUGUUAUAUACGGGUUCUGAUAGCAAGAACAUCCGGGUUUGGAAGAACUUGAAGGAGUUUUCAGGUUUUAAAGCUAAAAGUGGCUUGGUCAAAGCCAUUAUUAUAUUGGGCGAUAUGAUAUUUACUGGUCACCAAGACGGUAAAAUCCGUGUCUGGAAGGUUUCAUCAACAAACCCUAAAGUUCACAAAAGAUUCGGUAGUUUGCCAUCUCUCAGGGAUUUAAUUAAACGCUCUGUUAAACCUAAGAACUACGUUGAAGUUCGGAGAAACCAUAACGUUCUUCGAAUCAAGCACUUUGACGCGGUUUCGUGCCUGAGCUUGAAUGAAGAAGUUGGGUUGUUAUAUUCAGGGUCUUGGGAUAGAACCAUGAAAGUUUGGCGACUAGCGAACUCGAAGUGCUUGGAAUCCAUUGAUGCUCAUGAUGACGCAAUAAACUCUGUCGUGGCUGGAUUUGAUAGCUUGGUGUUUACGGGUUCGGCAGAUGGGACAGUCAAGGUUUGGAAGAGGGAGUUGCAGGGGAAAGGAACAAAACAUUUCCUGGUUCAAUUGUUGUUGAAGCAAGAAACUGCCGUGACAUCUUUGGCUGUGAACCAUGAAUCAGCUGUGCUGUACUGUGGCUCGUCUGAUGGGCUUGUCAACUUCUGGGAACGUGAAAAGCACCUUUCACAUGGAGGAGUCCUAAGGGGCCAUAAAAUGGCUGUGCUCUGCUUGACCACAGCAGGGAAUUUGGUGUUUAGCGGGUCGGCUGAUAAGAGCAUAUGCCUGUGGAGACGACAAGAAGGUGGAAUUCACACCUGCCUUUCUGUCUUAACAGGUCACACCGGCCCCGUAAAAUGCCUAACUGUCGAAGAAGAUCAUCAUACAUCAACCAAUGCUGAUCGGAAAUGGAUUGUUUAUAGUGGUAGCCUGGACAAGUCCGUCAAGGUGUGGCGCGUGUCUGAGCACGUGCCACACUUGAAGGAGAUUAAGCAGGGAUUACCUUAAGAGCUGUCGAAGUUAGGAACAUAGCACGCGUAGUCACGGCAUAUUGGAAAGUUGCAUGGCGCUGGCCGCGGGGAUUUGUUGUUCAGUGGUCCGACCCAUUUCUGAUAGGUUCAUGGACCACCCUGAUCCGAUCGACCCUUACCCUUGAAGGCACUUUUUAGGGGGUGUGACGGCGCCACGUGUAUAAAUUGAAUGAUUGCAGCCAAUGCUAGAAUGCCACCUCAGAGAAAAGUAAAAAGGGUAUUUCAUAAAGAAUACAUAAUUAAUAGCUUUAAUUCGUUUGUUGUCUUUUAUAUAUUUAAUGUAAUGUAUGAAAAGCACAUAUUUAGCCUCCAAGAAACGUCUUUUAAGAGGGUUGGGAGGCGCCUCCUGUUGAAAAGUACAGUUUCGGUAUGUUAUAUUUAUGGCACAAGGUCGACAAAUUUGUUUGAUUUGGUAAAUGACUUUUUGCUUUUUCUUUUUUUUUUUCCAAAUUUUAAUGUGGCCGGCCACCACUUGGCUUGGAUAGGGAUGUUGCAUGAAUGUAACUAGAU